AUGGAGUCUUUCAAAGUCAUUGUCGUUGGCGCUGGGCCAGUCGGCAUGGUCCUGGCUCACGCGCUGCAGGUCUCCGGCAUCGACUACGUGCUCGUUGAACAGCGCUCUCAAAUCCCCCCUGAUCCUGCUUACGGCUUGUUUCUGUGGCCUCACAUUAUGCGAAUCUUUCACCAAUUAGGUCUUCUCGAAGCCGUUUUAGCUGUCGCGCAGCCUAUGAUUGAAGCGGUCCACAGAUCAAUUGACGGCAGUGUUAUACAUCGCUCGAGAGGGUUUGAAGAGCUCGGCGCAUUGUUCGGAUAUCCUAUGGCUAUUUUUAACAGAGGCGAUUUUGCCUCGGCGUUGAUGAGCAAGCUUGAAAACAAGAACCAACGCGUCAAGACCAACAAGCGCCUCACUAACGUCAUACACCGCGACAACGGUGUAACAGUCGAAUUCGCAGACGGUACCACAGAAGAGGCAUCAAUUGUCAUUGGCUGUGACGGUGUCUGGAGUAGUGUCCGCGACCAAAUGAAAGCAAAAGCACCUAAAGGUCUCUUUGACGAGAACCCCAACCCAUUCCAAGCACCACACGCAGGCGUGUUUGCCAAAGCUCUAUGCCCCAAGGAACUCGAGCGUGGAAGGAACAUUAAUGUUUAUCAAGAUGGAUCUCAUGUUCAGGUCUUUACUGGUCUGAGAGAAGCGCAGAUCAUUGUUUAUCAUCGCAUUCCGACUUCGAGAACAAAGACAUUCUUUGGGCAGAACGAUGCUGAAGAGGCGGCCAAACCCUGGAUGGAUGUUCCGGUUGGAGAUGGAAUUACGUUUGGUGAUUUGUGGAGGAACAAGAUUGCUGGAGGUAGCGCAAACUUUGACGAGGGAGUACUUCCUUGGUGGCAUUGGGGACGUAUGGUUCUUGUUGGUGAUGCUGCUCACAAGAUGAAUCCCAUCAGAGGUGCAGGAGCAUGCUGUGGCAUCGAAGACGCCAUCGCCUUAGUAAACGGCCUCAGUCGGUUACUUCACUCCGACUCCAACCCCUCAGACCGUAAGCUCCGUCAGUCUUUUCUCGCCUAUCAGUACGAGCGAGAAGCUGCUGCAAAGCUGUGGAAUGACAUCUCUGCGCUCAAUUUGGAACUCUGCAUUGGCGCCAAUCAGCCCGCAUUGAAAGCGCAAAGUGUUGCUGAUUACAGAACGAUUCCUUUAGUUGCUAAUGGACCGAUCCUGCAGAAUAUUCCGUUUGAUGAGAAGAUGGGCUUUGUGUCGUGGACCAGGAAGACUCGCAAGUCUGCUGAUAAGACUAAAGCGCGUUUGUAG